AUGCCCGACGAACCGGCCGAUAUCCCCAAUAACAAUGCAGAUUUCCUCCCUGAUUACAUGUUUUCGAUGGCCCCUGAACCCGACUCUAUGCUCGCCGCCCAGCUCCUGGAUUUCAGCAGCCUAGUCACCGACAGCACUAGCAGUACCAAUAUGCCGCCCGGGCCAUUCUCAACACCAGGGUUCGACUAUGCCAACCCCAAACCCUGGGGACUGGGCUCCCUGUUCGGUGCAAACCAUAAUAUCGACCCCAUCGACAUGGGCGCGAGCUGGACCCUGAAUGGCGAGGGCGAGUGUACUUGCCACGCGGGCGUUACAGAACUGCUGGCGUCAAUGCGCCGCGGCGGCAGUAACCACGAUCAGCGGCUCUCGCUCGACGCGCAGCUCGUCAAGAUGAAGCAAUGCAUCCUGGCGUCGGAGACAUCCAUGGGAUGUGCGCACGGUCGGGAGGACUCCGAGCCCAUCCACAUCAUGGCUGUCGCCAUGCUCAUCGGUUACGUCAUUGACGACUUCAAGACACUCGCCAUCGAGUCCUCGCCGCGCAACUCAGCGGCGUCGUCAAUGACGUCGUCGUCGGCCGCAGUGGCCGAUAUGGCGACCAUGGGAGUUUCUGAGAGGGGGAAGAAGUCAUCAAUGUCAAGCAGGGUUCCCACUCCUAUCAGUACUAACAUGUCAAUGGGAGGCUUUCUGGAGCCCCGCCUGUCGUGGGGCGUGCUAGAGCUAGAAGAGGACGACGAGAUGGAUCUCCGGCAACGACUGUAUCUGCUGUCUUUUCGCAAACUGGAGAGGCUGCUGUCGCAGCUGACACUGUAUCUAAGGGAUCUGCACAAUGCGUGGGCUGGCCUUCCUGACCCGUCGCGGCAUACGGCUUUUGUGAUUGCGUGCGGUUACACGCGUCUUUGGCUUGAGAAGAAGGCCGGGGAUGUGAAGAGGCUGUUCUCCGUUCCUGCGAGAGAUGAUGCUAUGGAUUCAGCGCUUGGAUAA